UCGGGAAAUUAGUACGUCUUGAAGACCCACCAUUCUGUCACCAAUCAUUGAAAACUAAUCAGAGUUGAUUUUUCUUUCCGUCUUUGGCUCUUGGAUGCGUCUGACAUGUCUGAAGUUCAGGGUCUUUCAGUGCUUCCUACUGAUGUUCGGCAUGUGUCUGUGGGUGAAGAGCAGCAGGUUUGGAGCUCCUGCCUGGACCAGGAGGAAACUAAGCCUCCACACAUCAAAGAGGAACAGGAGGAACUGUGGAUUGGUCAGGAUGAAGAAAAGCUUCAAGACCAGGAGAACAUUGAUAUUCAGUUCCCAUUUAGUUAUAUUUCUGUGAAGACUGAAGAUGAUGAAGAGAAACCUCAGUCAAUACAACAACAUGAAAUAAAAGCUGAACAGAUGGAAACAGGAGCUGAUAGAGAGGACUAUGAAGGAUCAGAGCAAGCCAGGAGCUCAGAUCCAAAGAGACAUUUACAUCCAGUGAUUGAGGUCAAGAUUGAAGACUCUUCUGAACCUGAGGCUGUAGGCAGUAACAAUGUGAAGUGCACAGUAAUGUAUCAGUCAGGUCUAAGCUCUGUGGAAAGACUUCGAGAUCAGGGACAAAAGACCAAUGAGAAACUGAAUAGCUGUUCUGAUUGUGGUAAAAUAUUCAAAAAGAAAAGGAAUCUAAUGACACACAUGAUAAUUCACACAAAGGAUACAAUCCUGGACUGCUCUAAGUGUGAUGAAAGAUUUAACCUUAAAGCACAUCUGGAACAACAUAUGAGAAUUCACGUGGUGGCAAAACCCAUCAGCUGCCCAGAGUGUGACAAAAGAUUUAGACAUAAAGGUCAUCUAACAGACCAUUUAAGGACACAUACAGGAGAGAAACCCUUCAGUUGCUCUGAGUGUGGCAAAAGGUUUAGUCGGAAGGAAAAUCUUACACAACAUAUGUUCAUUCACACCAGAGAGAAACCCUUUGAUUGCUCUGAGUGUGGCAAAAAAUUCAACCUUAAAGGACAUCUGAGACAACAUAUGAGAAUACACAUGCUUGAGAAACCUUUCUGCUGCUCUGAGUGUGGUAAAGCUUUUACUUGUAAAGAAAAUCUGACCCAACACAUGCAUGUUCAUAUGGGAGAGAAACCCUUUAACUGCUCUAUGUGCGGUAAUGGAUUUACACGUAAAGAAACUCUAACCCAACACAUGUUCAUUCAUACAAAAGAGAAACCCUUCAGUUGCUCUGAGUGUGAUAAACGGUUUAACCGUAAAGGAAAUCUAAUCCAACAUAUGCUCAUUCACACAAAAGAGAAACCCCUUAGUUGCUCUGAGUGUAGCAAAAGAUUUGCCUUUAAAAGAUCUCUGAAAAAACAUAUGAUGUUUCACACUGGAGAGAAACCCUUUGGUUGCUCUGAGUGCUCUAAAAGUUUUAAUGACAAAGCAAAUUUGAGUAAACACAUGAGAAUUCAUACAGGAGAAAAACCCUUAAGCUGCAGUUCUUGUGACCAAAGAUUCUCAUGGUAUUGUCAAUUAAGAAGACACAAGUGUGUUAGUUUUUCUUCAGAGCUAUUAAAAAAACAAAUAAAGAAAAAAAGAAAGACAGUAGCAGGAGCUGAUGUAGGCUAUUGUGGAGGAUCAGAAGGAAGCAGGAACUCAGAUCCAGACAGACAUGCACAACCAGAGAUUGAGGUUACCAUAGAGGACCUGUCUGGACCGGAAACUGAAGAUUUUCAUGGUUAUGAAGAUUCCUAGAGAAAAAGAGGGCAUCAAUCAGUUUUAUGAGAGAGUAGAUAUUUCCAGUCAGAGUUAUGGAAUGUUAUACUGUUGAAAUACAAUUAAUCAGUAUAACUCAGCUCUACUAAAUAUGGAAGCAGUUUCAGUUAGGGGUUUCCUUUUAAAAAGUCACACAGGAGUGAAAGGAUUAUCUCUAUAUUUUUGAAUUAGGGUAUGUGGAC